AUGAAGUCACUGGCCAAUGGGUGUGUGACACGGAACAUGGCGCCACUUGAGACUGGCGCCCGGGCCUUGUGCACCCCGAGUCCGCUCAGGGCCGCCCAGGCGCCUCCGGCCCCUCCGCGCAGAUCAGGAACCGGCCUCCUGAGCGCCCAGGUCUGCACGACUGCGCCGUCCCUGCUCCCCACACGGACCUCUCCUCAGGGCUCGCCUCCAGAAUCUCCCCUUGGGCACCUCCCUGCUUUCGACCCCGUCGGGGCGCAGACACCCUCAGCCGUCCUGCUCCCAGGUCCCUGUAAUUCCUUCAGCUUUUGCUGCCAAAAUUCGGUCUCUGUGUGUACUAGGGCCGGAUUAAAUCUCGGAGAGAGCUGUGAGUGA